AUGGCUGCUCCGAUCGACGAGAUCACGGCCCUGAACCCGGUCUCCUCAGCCGGCCAAAUUCCCCUCGAACAACCCCCAAAACUUAAGGGCCGCCAGAAACUCCUCCAGAAUCUGCAGCGAAUGUCGUCUAGUCCAUCCUUGACCCGCCGCGGGCGAUCUGCAUCCGCUGGUUAUCGGCGGGACCAUAAGGCUUCCUUAUCGUGUGUCUCGUUAUCGUCCACAUACUCGCCCUGUCUGGGAAACGGCAGCUCAUCACAGUUCUAUGGCUUAAACCGCCCUGCUACCCCAGGAUACUCCGUCUCACCGGGCCCAGAUGCCCACAUUAACUCUCGGAUCCGUGUCGUGGGGACCGAGUCUCCUGCUGCUGGCCAGCUGCGGACGGUGCCGUUGCCAGUAGAUCUGCGACCGGGGUCCCGCAGUUCCCCACGCCUCACGAUGGAAGAGGGCGAUGCGCUCGAAACAGCCCUCGAGCUGUCCGAGCCCCAGGUCAGCCGUGCGCGGGAUUUCUGGGGCGAAAUGCCUGCUGAAUUGAAAACGGAGAUCUUUCGCUAUUUGACGCCGCUGGAGAUCGUGCGCUGCUCGGCUGUGUCCAAGCAGUGGAACGCGAUGUGUUUUGAUGGGCAAUUGUGGUCGAAGGUCGAUGCUACUGAGUACUAUCAGAAGAUCCCUAGCGAUGUCCUCGUUAAGCUUAUCACCUCGGGCGGCCCUUUUGUAAGGGACCUUAACCUUAGAGGAUGUAUGCAGCUGGAUGAGAGGUGGUCUUCUGAUCGGGAUCGCAUCACGGAUCUGUGUCGCAAUGUCGUCAAUUUCUCCUUAGAGGGCUGCAAGAUUGACUCGGUUUCGAUGAAUUAUUUUCUUAUUCGCAAUCCUCGCUUGGAAUAUGUCAAUCUUUCCGGCUUGGGGAGUGUGACGAACAAGUCUUUGAAGACCAUCGCGAAGUCUUGUCACCAGCUUCAGGUCCUAAACAUCUCGUGGUGUGCUAAUGUUGACUCCAAGGGUCUCAUACGAAUCAUCCAAUCAUGCACCAAGCUCAGGGAUCUUCGUGCUAGUGAGGUUCAAGCUUUUGAAGACCCAGAACUCGCUUUGGAACUGUUCGAGCGUAAUACGCUAGAGCGUCUGGUGAUUAGCCGCACUAACCUAACAGAAGACUGCCUCAAGAUCUUGAUGCAUGGCGUUGACCCGGAAUUCGAUGUCUUAACAGACCGCCCGAUUGUUCCACCUCGGCGUCUCCGCCAUCUGGAUAUCCACCACUGCGUUCUCAUGACUGACAAAGGUCUAGAGAGCCUCGCGCACAAUGUUCCCGACUUGGAAGGGCUCCAGGUCUCGCAGUGCCCGGAGCUCUCGGACGAUUCUAUCAUUGAAGUCGUUCGCACAACUCCUCUUCUUUCCCACUUGGAGCUGGAAGACCUAGAGAACAUCACAAACGCCGCUCUUGUCGAAUUAGCGAAUUCUCCAUGCGCGAAUUCCCUUGAGCACCUAAAUAUAAGUUACUGCGAAGCACUCAGUGACACGGGCAUGUUGCAAGUGAUGAAAAAUUGCCCAAAAUUGCGCUCUGUUGAGAUGGACAACACCCGUGUCUCAGACCUCACCUUGAUGGAAGCAAGCUUCCGUGUGCGCAAGCGGGGAUACGGUGAAAAGCAUCCCCAGGUGGGCCUCCGGCUAGUGAUUUUCGACUGCGCAAACGUGACCUGGGCCGGCGUCAAAGAAGUCCUCUCCAGCAACGCCUACAUCCCUCGUGCUCGUAAGCCUGUCUCAGCCGUCGUGACGGUGACUCAGACAUCGGACGCUGGUUCGUCCCCAAUGACUACGACUUAUGUCACCCCCGCCUCGACUCCAUCCCCUGCACCCACGUAUCCAAACGAGAUCAUUCAGCUCAAGUGUUUCUACGGAUGGCAGAUGACGGUUGAUGAGCACACUAAACGGGUCCUUCGUGGAGAUCUCGCCGCUGCUAGCCGACUAGAUCGCAAAUGGGCGGAUUAUAUGAUGGCGACCGAAGAGGCCGGUGCCGCCGGCGCUGGCGCGCGACGUAGACGGCGACGGGCUCGCGAUGCAGAGCGUCUGUAUAACGCCGAUGAUGCCGAUGAUGAUACGCUAGGCGUUGGGAGCGGUGCUCCCAUCGGCCGACGCCGUCGCGCUCAAAGCGGUGGAUGCUCUCUGAUGUGA